AUGGAUCAGGAUUACUAUUUCUCUGCUACUUAUCACAAUCCUAACUCAUCAUCUUCAUCUGGGUCAGUGUCAUCUUCGGUUACCAACAAGGAGAAGAAGAAGGGUGGUAUGAAGAAAAGCAAAGGAGUGAAGUUAUCUACAGACCCACAAAGCGUGGCUGCGAGGGAGAGGAGACACAGGAUCAGUGACAGGUUCAAGAUUUUACAGAGCAUGGUUCCGGGAGGGACGAAGAUGGACACUGUGUCCAUGUUAGACGAGGCUAUUCAGUACGUGAAGUUUCUGAAGACACAGAUUUGGAUUCAUCAAAACAUGAUUAACUGGGUCGAUUUAGAUGAUCCUAGUUUCCUCGUUAAUAAUGCUUCUCUUCAUCCUCACCAGAAUAUUUAUGCAAACCCUGACUUAGAUCCUCUGGUUCAAUACUCCUCGCAGCUAGCACCAUUGCCAGAUUCGUGCUUCCAAACUCAUCCAAACAUUUCUAAUUAUGAUGCAUGCAUAAAUCAUUAG